GCCCCACUGGCCUGGGUCGCUGCGCCCGGGAGCCUCCGCAUGUCAUGUCCCGGCUGCGCCUCUGGUCCCCACGGCUCCUCCUUACCUGGCAACCGUUGUGGCUUUUGGUUCAGGCAGCUCAGCCUCUGGAGUGGGCCCAGGGCCCUGUCCAGUUGACCUCCGACCCCCCAGGGCUGACUGAGCCCUGGUCUUCACACUCCUCUGACCUCCCGCCCAAAUUGCCCCAUGCACUCACACCCCUGGCAGAGCCAGGGGGCUUUAAUUACUUGACUUCCUCCUCUCCAGACCACAUGUUGGCCCUGCCUCAUGAGGAUUUGAGUGAGACUCUGGUUCCAUACCUGGACUCGGAUUCAGCUGGAGAGCUGUUGGCAGAGCCAGAUAAGUUUGCUAUUCUACACGAGGAUCUGGAUGACAAGCUAACCCAGCAUCAAAAUCUCCCAGAAGCGGUUCCAGUGCUAGAUUGGGAUCAGAAUCAAGCCUUGGUUCUGCCUCCUCAACACAAAAGUAAGGCUAAAACUAUAGGUCUAGAUCAGACUGAAAAUCACCAAUCAUUUGAAAUACUUGUUCCGCCUCUAGGUAGUAAGAGCUCAAAACCAACGAAGUUUAUUGUUUCACCCUCAAACCUGAAGAAAGAUCUCAUUAAGCAUCGACAGCUUGCCACAGUUGUUGUUGGAACUACAAGACAACUUGGAAAAAAAAAUCAGGGUCUAGAAGAACUGCAGGAUGAUUAUUUAGAUUCCAGUAUGGAUGACUUUUAUCCUGAGGAGAGCCUACCUACGGAUUUUCUGGGGAGCCCAGAUGAAACUCCAGAGCCCCCUGAAGCUGAAAUUUCAUCUCAGCAGGAGUACCACACUUCCCGACCGUUUCCCACCGAGCUGUUUGAAUCUUCAUCCCAACAAGAGACGCCUGAGGAAGCUGAAUCUUUUUCAUCCGAGGAAGAGGCCCAGGCUCAGCAUCUGGAGCACACCAGCGAGGUAGAACUACCUCUACUUCAGCAGGAGUCUCUGUCUCAACCUGCAGAGACCCCCAAGGAAGUGGAAACCUCAAGCCCUCAGGAGGCCCUAGCCCAGCCUUUGGAGGUACCUAAGGAGACUGUAGUUGGGCCAGCAGCGCAUCAUAAAGUUCAGCAGUCACACUUGCACAAUGUCACUGUUAAACCUCUGGAUCUAGUGCUUACCGUGACUCCAGAAGUGACUAAAGAGGUGGAACUUUCUCCAGUCCAGCAGGGGGUCCUAUCUCAACCUCCAGAGCACUUUGAGGAGGUUGAACCUCUUCCAGCCCAACAGGAGGCCCCAUCUGAGUUUCCAGAGCAACAAGAUGUGGUUGAAACUCCUCCAGUCCAGCCGGAGGCCCUGUCUCAACCUGCAAAGCACCCUGAGACAGUUGCAUCUCCUCUGCUCCAUCAAGAGACCCCAACUCAAGCUCCAGGGUUCCCUACUGAGUAUGUAUUCCAAGUUCCAAUGAGCGAUGAGGUAGUAGUUCAGCCUGGCAUUCGGCAUCAGGUUCAUUCAAACCUGCACGAUGUUGCAUUUCAACCUCAUGAUUUGGGACUUACCAUCACUCCUAUGCUCAUUAAGAAAACUAAAUUUCCUGCAACUCAGCAGAAGCCUCCAGAGACCCUGGGGGAGGCUGAACUUUCAAGUGAGCAGGAGCAACCGGCUCAGCCUUCUGAGCUUACUGGGGAAGGUGAAGCUUUUCCAACCCAGCAGGAGACCACAGGCCAGGCCCCUGAGGAAGCUGAGCCUUCUCCAAGUGAACAAGAGCAACUAACUCAGCCUUCUGAGCCUGCUGGGGAAGUUGAACCCUCUCUCACCCAGCAGGAGACCCUGACUCAGCUGUCAGACUCUCUUGGAGUAGCUGGACCUUCUCCAGUCCUGGAGGAAGAGGCUGCUCCGUCUCCAGAGUCCCCUAAUGAGGUCGAAUCUUUUCCCACCCAGCAGGAGACCCAAGGUCUGUCUCCAGUGGAGACAGAAUCUGCUGCAACACUGCUGGAGCAACUGACUCAACAUUCAGGCAUAUCCAAUGUCACUGUCAAACCUGCAGAUCUUGAGCUUACCAUAACCACAGAACCCACUCCGGUGGCAGGACUUUCUCCAAGUCAGCAUAUGCCUUUGGCUCAGUCCUCAGCGCCCCUUACUAAUGCAGAAUUUUCCGCAUCCCCGCCGGAGGCCCCCACACUGCUUUCACAGUUGCCUGAGAAAGUUGAACCUUUGCCAGUUCAAGUGCCAGCUCCAGUCCCGUCUCCAGAGGCUGUUACCCAGAUUACACCUUCAGAACAACAGGAGACGCUAGCUCAGAAUCCACAGGCUCAUGAGAUUAUACCUUCUCCACCCCAGCAGGAGGCCACAGCGCAGCGUCCCGAGCUCUCUAAUGAAGUUACAGUUCUCUCUCCAGAGCAUCAUGUGACAACAGUUUCCUCUCCAGGUCAACUGCAGCGGCCCAGCGCCACUGUCAAGCCUGUGGAUCUUGCACUCACCAUCACUCCAGCAUUCACUAAUAAGGUUAAAACGUCUCCACCCCAAAAGGAAACCUCAGCUCAGUCUACAGUGUCCCCUGGGCAGUUAAAACCUUUGUCAGUCCAGCAAGAGCUUUCAAAUCGGCCACUGACUGCCUCUGAAAAUGAACUUUUUUUGGUCGAGCAUGAGCAACCAGCUCAGCCUCCAGAGGACACCAACGAUGCUGCUACUCAACCUUUAGGAGAGAAUGAGGUAACAGUCUCACCUCUGGGUCCAGUGUUUCCUCAUAUCACUGCUAAAUCCGUGGAUCUGGCGGUUGUCCUAACUCCAGGCUCAACUAAAGACCUUGUACAUUCUCCAGUGAAGCUGGAGAAUGCUGCUCAUACUCCAGAUCCCCCUGGGAGGGUUGAGCUUUCUUUAGCCCAGGGGGGACACCCAGCUCAGUCUCCGGUUCCCCAGGGGAGCCCAACUGUAUCUCUCAAGCCCCCCAAGGAGGUGGUGUCUUCUCCCACACAGCAGGUGCUUGAGACUCAGACAUCAGAACCCCCUGCAAAGGUGGAACCACUUCCAGUCCCUCAGGGGACCCCUCCUCAGCUUCUACGGCCCCCUCAGACUGUAGGAUCUUCUCCAAACCAAGAGGAGUUCCCAGCCCCACCCCUUAAAGAGACAGAACCUUCUCCAACCCAGCAGGGCGGCCCAUUGCAGCCUCCAGUGCCACCUACAGAGGUUGUAGCACAAACUCUAGUGCUUUAUGAGGUGACAUUUUCAACACCAGGACAGGAUCAGACUCAUCAUUCAAACUUAACCAGUGCCACAGUCAAACCUUUGGCCCAGAAGCCUGUUGUAACUCCAGAACCUUCUACACCCCUGGAGGCAACACUUCCUAAUCCAGAGCAGGUUCAAGUGCAGCAUCCAACCUUGACUGAGGUCACAGUUCAACCUUUGGACCUUGAACUUACCAUAAAGCCAGAGCCCACCAAGGAGGAAGAACCUUCUCCAACCAUGCAGGAGCUACCACCUCAGCCUGUGGAGCCACCUAAGGAGGUUGUGGCUGAUUCAACUCCAGGCCAGUAUCAAGCUCAGAAUCCAACACUGCCCAGUGCCCCAGUUCAGCCUCUCAACCCGGAGCCUACUGUAACUCCAAAGCCUACUGUAGAAGCUGAAUCUUCUACAGCUCUUCACCCCAAACCCCCUGAGGUGACGCUUCCAAAUCCAGAGCAAGUUCAGUCUCAGUUGUCGGAGUUCACAGUUCAACCUUUGGACCUGGAACUUACCAUAACUCCAGAAUCCACGAAUGAGGCUGUAUCUUCUCCAGCCAUGCAGGAGACCCCAGCUCAGCGUCCAGUGCAGCAAGAGGUGACUGUUCCAGUGCCAGCUCAGAGCCAACUGCUGCCCAGUGCCACAGUUCACCCAUCAGGCCAGAGGCCUAACACAACUCCAGAACCUGUGACAGAGGCUGAAUAUUCCACAGGCCUGCAGCAGACUGCAGCUAUUCCACCAUACCCCGAGUUAACACUGCCACAUCCAAAGCCAGUUCAGUCUCAGCGCCCAACCUUGAGCAAGGUCACCUUUCAAUCUUUGGACCUGGAACUCACACUAACUCCGGAAUCCACUGUGGAGGUCGAACCUUCUCCAACCGUGCAGCAGACCCAAGCUCAGCCUCCAAAACCCAUUAAGGAAGUUGUAGCUCAGCCUCCAUUGUAUUCCGAGGUGACAGGUCCAGCACUCGAGGCGGCGUCGCCUGGCGUCACCGCUUAUCACGUGAACCUGGAGCUUACCGUAACUCCAGAACCUGCUACGGUGUCCGAACAUUCUGCUGCCCUGCCGCAGACCACAGCUCCUCCUCCAGAACAGCCUGAGGGGACACUUGCCCAUGCAAACCUGACUGAAGUCACGCUUCAGCCUAUGGACGUGGAAGUUAACGUUACCGCAGUGAAUAAUACGGAGACUGAGCCUCCUCCAACCCUGCAGGAGACCCCAAGUAAGGAUCAAAGUCAGCCUCCAACAUCACCCAGCGUCACAACUCAUCCCGCUAACCUGGAGCUCACCAUAACCUUGCAACCUGCUAUGGGGUCUGAAUAUUCUACUGCCCUGCAGCAGACCACGGCUCUCCCAGAGGUGACACUUCCACCACCAAACCUGACUCAAGCCACAGUCCCAACUGUGGACCUGGGAGUUAGCAUAUCUCAGCAGUCCAGGCCAUCUGAGAUGGUUCAUUUUCCUUUGACUCCAUUUUCAGAACCCAAAAGUCCCCCUGUUAUAAAACGUAUACCAGGAAAGAAGCGACCAGUACAGAAUGCCACCACAACCAUCAACGUAUGUAAGCUCUGUACCUGCAAAGAUGAGACGCUGUCGUGUGUUGGUCUGAGCGCAAAGCAGAAGCUCCCCAGAGUCCCUGAGCCAGGGCCCAACUCCUACAAUGGCACCUUCACCAUCUUAAAUUUCCAAGGAAACUAUAUUUCUUACAUUGAUGAAAAUAUAUGGAAGGCAUACCGUUGGGCUGAGAAACUAAUUCUCAGUGAAAAUUCUUUGACUGAAUUACACAAGGACUCAUUUGAAGGCUUGCUAUCCCUCCAAUAUUUAGAUUUAUCCUGCAAUAAAAUACAGUCUAUUGAAAGACGUUCAUUUGAACCACUUCCUUUUUUGCAGUUUAUAAAUCUUGGUUGCAAUUUACUCACAGAACUGAGCUUUGGAACAUUUCAGGCCUGGCAUGGAAUGCAGUUUUUACACAAGUUAAUUCUCAAUCGUAAUCCUUUGACAGCAGUGGAAGAUUCAUAUCUUUUUAAAUUGCCAGCAUUAAAAUAUUUAGACAUGGGAACAACACAAGUGUCACUUACAACAAUUGAAAGCAUUCUCAUGAUGACCCUUGAAUUGGAAAAACUGAUCUUACCUAUCCGUAUGGCCUGCUGCCUCUGCCAAUUUAAAGAUACUAUUGAGGUUGUCUGCAAGACAGUCAAACUGCAUUGUGACAGUGAUUGCCUGACAAACAUCACAUUUUGUGAUGAAAAUACAUCUAUAGGGAAUGCAGAAGGAUCGUUCAUGAAGGUGUUACAAGCCCGGAAGAAGAACACCAGCACAGAACUGACUAUUGAACCUGAGAGGGCGUCCUCAGACAUAAGUGCUGUCAGUCUGCCAGCCUUCAUGAAUGAGCAGCUGGACUUUAAUGACGAAAGUGAUGUGAUCAGCGCACUGAAUUACAUACUGCCUUAUUUCUCAGAGGGAAAUCUAGAAGAUGUUGAAUCAACAUUAUUGCCCUUUAUUCAACUUCUUUUUACAAAUGCCCAUGAGGGAGAUAUGCCCCUGGGCCAUUUCAAAAACAAUACAAAGAACCCUUCUGUUAAGCCUAUAUACAACAAUUCAACUUAUAAAAAUAAAUUGAGGAAACUCUAUUUUCUGGAAAACUUGUUAGAUGCAGAAAUUCAAGAAAAAAUUGAUGAGGUUAAAAAGAAAGAAAAAACGGCCAUGCUUAUCCGUGCCAACCUUUUGGGCCCCAAAUUUAAACGCCAAAUCUUUCCGAAGAAACUGGAAACAGCCCAGCUACAGGAAAACAGUCUAGCUGAGAUUGAGAGUCCAGGGCAAAGGCUGCUGAGAGUGGACAGGGUCCUCAAGCGCCCAAGGGGCCUACAGAAAAGGCACUUCAAAGAUGCAGGAGAUGAGAGCAGCGAGAAGAAACAGAAUGCCCAGCCAUUUGUGGAGAACACUGCCAAAGAAAGAAGGCUCAGGAGGCCGUCCCCAAGGGAACUGGAUGAACUGGACAUGGUGCAAAGGCCCAGGAAGUUAGUGGGGAACUCCUUCAACACAGAGCCUUCGUUCAUAAAGGAACACAAGGCAGCAGUCUCUUCUUUCCUGAAACAGUACUCUCGGGGCAGGCCUUCUGACCCCCUCCCUCCAAAACCCCAACCUGAGGUUAAAAACAAAUCAAAAGACUUAUCCUACACCAUUUUUGUUUUAGAAGAUGCUGAUGCUAGAGUGAGAAACAUGAAGUCUUCCAAACCAGUCUCACAUUCCAGAAAAAAAUACCUCUUCCAUAAAACUCGCUCUCGGGUGGCCCACAGAACACCGAAGGCCAAAAUAAGCCGAAAGAUGAGAAAGAAAGGUUCACUCAGUAGGAUGAUGCUGGCCAGAAGGCCUCUGUUCUCUGCAGUGAGGAGUCUCAUCAAUUCCCCUCCACGAGAGGGGUUUUCAUCUUCAGGAUUACUGGAUCCUCAGGAAAAUCCUUUUUCAGAAUUAUAUUCUCUUUCAGACCCUGCUAAAGACAACUCUGGUUCAGUGAACAAUACUCCACAUGUUUUUGGAGCAGUUGUCUCUUCGGGAAACAUUACUCGGCCAAAACAAACAAGACCUGGAAUUGCUGCCCGUAAUAAUGUCUCCAGUGCACAUUCUACUGUUGCUGCAGACUUCAUGCCACCUGUUCAACACACGAACGAAACACAGUGGGAGUACCACAACGUGGGCACUGAGCUCGCCUCUAAGCCCCCAAGUGUCAGUUUCUCAGUGCUCGCAUCUCCAGGCGAUCAGUUUGAAAGUCAGCUUAACCAGCAGCUACGAUCUCUCAUCCCCAACAACGACGUGAGAAAGCUCAUUGCUCACGUCAUCAGGACUUUGAAGAUGGACUGCUCUGAGACCCACGUGCAGCUGGCCUGCGCCAAACUCAUCUCCAGAACAGGCCUCUUGAUGAAGCUUCUCAGCGAGCAGCAAGAAAUAAAGGUGUCCAAGGCAGAAUGGGAUACGGACCAGUGGAAAACUGAGAACUACAUCAAUGAGAGCACAGAAGCCCAGAGUGAACAGAAAGAACCGGAGUCCAGUGAGCUCACAAAAGAAGUCCCAGGUUACGGCUAUAACAACAAACUCAUCCUGGCGAUAUCUGUGACUGUAGUAGUGAUGUUUUUGAUUAUAAUGUUCUGUCUCAUUGAGAUUUAUUCUCAUAGAACAGCAUCAGAGGAAGAAGGAAGCAGAAGGGGCUUUUUCGGAUUUCUGCUGCGUAAGAGGAGCUCAGGGACAAGUGAGAGUCAGGAGGGCUUUUUCUGGAGGCGGCGGCCACUUUGGCUUCGGGACAUGUACAGGCCUCUCAACGCCACGCGCAAGAAAAACAUGGCGCAGAAGCUGCACGACAAGGAGUCUUCGGAAGAGGAUGAGAUUUUCAAUAAGGAUGCAGGGGGGACCCCUGAAGCACCGACAGAGGAACCUCCGGCUACAGAUUCGGCUGCUGAAGAGCCAGAGGGUGAGGAGAGUGAGGCAGCCGCCGACACCGCCACAGAGUGAGCCCCGUCCUGCCACAGGCCACCUGCAGAUUUUAUUUUCUAAUACUGGCUUCUCAGCAUCACUUGUAAAAUACUUAUUUUUCUCAUAUUAAAAUGUAUAAAUCCAUAACCAAUUCUAA